UUUGUAUACCUAGACAGGAGUACAGAGUGACGCAAGAGCAGAAGUGAAAUCUCAUGUGUCAGUUGUAAUUAAUUCAGGAUUGCAGUUAAACUUGUGGAUAUAGGAUUAUUUGAUAAUUUAUAUUAAUAUAAUAUAUAAAAACAAGAAAAUCAGUAACAAUUCGUAACAUCCACACACGAUUAUCAUUAUAGAUACUGCAAAUACGAAAAAAUAAAAUCCAACGUUUUACAAAGCAACUUAAGGAACUUGUAUAGUGUGCUUAGAGUAAGAAAAAAACAUUUCAGAAAUUUAACAAUUAAAAAAAGAGCACAAUGCCAGGAGAAGUUAAUGGAACAAAUAUUCCCGGAAUUAAAAAUGGAAGCAAGUAUGCAUAUGAAGAUGUGGAGAGGAUAGCACGGUCUGUACUAGGCAGGGUGAAAAGUCGCCCCCAUAUAGGCAUUAUUUGCGGGUCUGGGCUAGGUGGACUUGCAGACAUGCUUAAGGAUGUAGAGAUUAUUGAGUAUGCAGAUAUUGAAGGUUUUCCAGUCAGCACAGGAUCAGGAUUGGAUCAUGAGGAAGUUCCAGGUCAUGCAGGCAGGCUAGUGUUUGGUACAUUAAAAGGACGCCAGGUGGUCCUGAUGCAAGGAAGAGCCCAUUUAUAUGAGGGAUAUGAUGUUCACAAGAUUAUCCUGCCUGUACGAGUGAUGAAGUUGAUGGGGGUGAAGAUCCUGUUUGUAACCAAUGCUGCUGGCGGUAUUAACCAGGACUUCAAUGUAGGAGAUAUCAUGAUUAUAAAGGACCAUUUCAACAUGCCGGGGUUCGCGGCAGUUAAUCCUCUAGUGGGACCAAAUGAUGACAGAUUUGGACCGAGAUUUCCACCAGCUUCACAGUGCUACAGUUCCCGCCUACGUAAGAUUGCUAAGAGUGUUGCUGAAAGACUCGAGAUGAAUGAUUUUAUACGUGAUGGGGUGUACUGUUUCCUUGGUGGACCUUCAUUUGAGACAGUGACUGAAUGCAGGUUUCUCAAAGUUGCUGGUGUAGAUGCCACAGGUAUGAGCACAGUCCCAGAGGUAUUGGUUGCUAACCACUGCGGAAUAGAAGUAUGCGGCAUCACUCUGAUAACAAACAAAUGCGUGAUGGAAUACGACUCGACGCAAGUUGCCAAUCAUGAAGAGGUCCUAGAAACAGGACAAAAACGUGCCAAAGAUAUGCAGAAUCUCAUUGGUGAAAUAGUUGCUGAGCUGGGAGACUAAAUUGGAGUUUACACAUGGACUAAAUGAUUGGCAUAUGUGUUCAGUAAUAUUUGGAGUCUUAGAUUUUUGUUGGUUUUCCCUAUUUUGGUUAAUACAACUUCAUUUUUAAUUAUUUUUGCAUGAAUAGAUAUGCUAAGACUACAACAAAGGAUUCCAAGUUUUAAGAAUUUAAAAAACUUUUUGGAAAACAAGACAGCGGGAAAUUUUGGAAUUUUCAUGUUUCAGGCUUAAAGUCUUGAUUUCAAAUGUAUCAGGUUAAAGGGGAACAUUAGCAUUGGUGAUACCUUUUACUAACAAAACUUAAAUUAUCAUGUCAUUUGUCAUUUCCUAUCCAUCUUACAAUAAGGUGAUUAUAUUAAUUUUAUGGUGGAAAUAAGCCAAGAGAAACAUCUUUUUUUUUUACUCAGUUCUACUGAAAAGAAAUGUUUUCAAGUGAGUGAGUUGCUUCCUUUUAACCAGCAAUUAGUGAAGAAUAGAAGUCACAUUUUACUUUCAUUUGAGCCAUGCCAUGAGAAAACCAACAUAGUGCAUUUGCGACCAGCAUGGAUCCAGACCAGCCUGCGCAUCCGCGCAGUCUGGUCAGGAUCCAUGCUGUUUGCUUUCAAAGCCUAUUGCAAUUAGAGAAACCAGUAGCGAACAGCAUAGAUCCUGACCAGACUGUGUGGAUGCGCAGGCUGGUCUGGAUCCAUGCUGGUCGCAAAUGCACUAUGUUGGUUUUCUCAUGGCAUGGUUCAUUUUGUCUCUCUGCUUUGUUUAUAUUACAUUUCAGUUUGAAACGUGUUACGCUACUUUUACUAGUUUUAACUCUACAGUUGGAAUUGUCUAAGCAGCCUCCUGUUUUAAGCAGCCAGUCAGUUUUGACCUUUCCUUAACCACCUGCUAUUAACAGCGAAGUUGCUUCCUUGGCUGGGUGGUUAAUACAGGUUUAACUAGGUAUGUUAAAUUUAGAAAUGGGUAUAAAUCCGUAGGAAAUGUUAUUAGAAUGUAGGAUAAGCAUUUACAUAUAAUAUUAUAUACAACAUUCCUAUUACAUUAAAUUUUAUACAGUUAUUAUUCAUAAACAUUCAGUUUUCAGUAAAUAACAUCCAUUUUUAAUCACUAAAUGAAUGUUCCAUGCUGUAUGUAUCUAAAAUAGAGAUAGCUUUCUAAUGCAUUAGUAAACAAAUUUUGAGGCUUUUUUGCUUUUGUUUAUUAGUUUGGUUGCAUAAAUUAUCCUAUUUACUAUUAAUGAUUUCCCAUUUUGUUCUUCCAAAAAAUUAAAAGUACUGAUACCCAGAUUUUACACCAAGAAAGAAACAGAAACUUUUUAGAUAUCAAAAAAUUAUUGCUGUAUUUUCUUAAAAAGACUUUGAAACUUAUUUGCUGACAGAUUAUAUGUUAGUUAUGGAAACAUACAAGAAAUUAGUUGUUUUUACAAAUUUUUCCAUUCAAAAUUGAAAAGCAUUUGUACCGUAAUUGGGUAGGGGGGGGUAAACUGUCUUAAUUAUAAAACUUUAUGUUUAACAAACAUUAGUACGUUUUCCUCCAUGGUGUAUUGUUUAAGACCACUGGAAAAUUAUUAUUGCUGCGGCAACGUUGGUUUGAUUUCUGACCCGGGCAUGUAUUUUUCUUGAUUUGGCGUUUUUAAGACAGUUUAGACAAAAAAAUCAUGCUCUAAUGUUCAUAACAUGACCAAACUUCAAUUUUAAAGAAAGACUAUUUUUAGCCAAAAUCUGGAGGUCAGUGCCUUUAACUUGUAUCUCAAACAUUGUAUUGCUUAACAUUUUACGUUCGUCUUUCUCUCAGCAUAUGCCUUUGUGUUAUGCACGGAUAUUGCAUAUCUAUUUGUCCUGCCUUUAAAUGAAGCGUAUGGGGAGAUGUUUACUUUAUUCAACAAUGCAGAGCUGGUGCGGUCAUCUGUGCAUGUCCGGAAAUGAUUAUCAAUCGGAGUACAAGGCAAAAAUAAGCAAAUAUUUGCAUGCCUGCACGCAUUUAGUGUAUAUGUAUACUAUACUGACUAAAGGUUAGGGUUAGGAUUACCAUGGUUACAAAAUAUAUACAUUAAAGAUACUUAUAAUUCAAAUCACUUGAAUAUGGUAUAUACCGGGGUCUGUAAUUUACACAGGCACUCCAGGUCUGCAGUGAGUCACAGUCUUUAUUCAGUAGCAGCUGUCAUAUACUAGUAGCCAUAUUUACUAUUUAUUGAUCUUGUUUUUUGUAAGAAAUUCUUUGUUAUGUAAACAAAAGGGAGUGGUUUUAUGGUGUUGAAUUGUCUGUUACUGACAUUUUCUUGUUAUAUGCUGAUUUUUAAGAAUUUUGAUAUAUGUGAAAUCUAAAAAUAAUGAGUUAUUGGGAUUUUAAGAUGUGUGCAUAUUUGAAGCCCCUGUUGGUAUUGAUAAGAUUUCGAUGAAACUUGUUCAAAAACUUUAUUUUUUCGCUUCAGACUUUAACAUCAGAUUUGGGUUUUACAGGAAUGUUUUACAUGUGUAUGGAUAGUUGUGCAGUGGUCCAAUUAAUGCUUAAUAAAACAUAUAUUAAUCACUCAAGAAAAUGAAACAAUACGUAGUGAUUAAAAGUUUUCAUAAUGAAUAAAUCUGCACACUUUCUUGUUGACAGUCAUGUUGCUUCUCAGGGAAAAGAAAAAAAAGUGUUCUUAGGUGCCCUCCACCUUUAAGACAUGUAUGGAUGUUCAGGUUAACAGCAAAGUUAUUUGACAGCUUAAAAUUAUAGGUAGUUUCAUUUGUAUUAAAAAAAUACUAGUAUGUACAAGUUUUGCAACAGAGUUACUGGGCAACUUUUAGGAGAGCCGUAUAAUUCCGCUAGAGAACAAAUACAUAUUUCUUAUUGCAAAGCUUAAAUUGUUUUAUUACUUACUCAUUUACACAUUAUGAAUAAUAAAUGUUUGUUUUUAGACUGAAUAUAAUAUUGUUAUUGAGCUUUUGUACGCAAAGACACAUAUUGACAGUUACUAUGAUACCUGAUAUGAAAGUUACAAAAUGUACUCGCAUCUAAAGUUUCACUGUAAGUUACAAGAAUUUAAAUAUGCAUAUGUAAUAAAAUCUGUCAUAUAUGUGAGGCAUCAUAUUUGAAGUACCUGGUUUUGAGAAUUAGACUCGAGAAAUUGGAAAAAUGGGGAAAAAUAUCUGGAUGAUUCUUGAGUAACUAGUUCAUUAUAUGAAGGCAUUAGUUUCAUGAGCAUAGAAUUUUAUGGUAUUGUCCAAUUUCACUAGGACAUUAUUUUAUGAAUUUCAUUUUUUUUAAAGUAUGAAUUUCAUUUGAUCAUUAGGAUUUCAUUAUGUGAGUUAUAAUUAGUGAUGUCAUAUUGGCAGUGUGUCAAUAGAUCAAUAGUGCUUCAUAAGAAAUGAGCAAGAGAAAGUGUAGUGCUAAAAGUGAUUGUACUGAAUUUAUUAUAUGAACCACACCAUGAGAAAACCAACAUAGUGUAUUUGCAACCAGCAUGGAUCCAGACCAGCCUGCGCAUCUGCCUACUGCAGUUAGGGAAACUGUUAGCAAACAGCAUGGACCCUGACCAGACUGCGCGGAUGCGCAGCUGGUCUGGAUCCAUUCUGGUUGCAAAUGCACUAUGUUGGUUUUCUCAUGGUGCGGCUCAUAUUUCUGUAUAUAAAUAGUUCAGCCCUCUUUGUUCAUGUUUGUUGCUUGGAGAAAAUGAGUAGGAGUUGUUUGGAUAUUGCAAGAUAUAUAUCCAUUUCUUUGUUUCAUUUGUUUUUGGUGAUUUGGCAAAUGCCUCGAUCACUCCGCAUGUUUUAUUUUCAGUUUAAUUUGUAACAUAUCAUUUGUAUGACUUAAAAGUUUUCUCUUGGUACAGCUAUAUAUCUUUGAUUGGAUUAGAAUUGGACUGUAGCCCUUGAAAAUACUUACCCCACAAUGUCUAGUAGAACUUAAAAAUUAUCCUUUUAAAUCGUCAUGAACUACCGGUAUGUGACUUUUUAAAAUUAAUAGAUCAAAAGACAUUCUUUAUGGAUUUGAAGUAAAAGGAACUUAUUUUAGUUGAUUGAAUGAGAAAAUUUUGGUUUUUGAAUUGAGGCAGCUGUUGCUUUUAUUGUUUGAUUUUUUGUGUUAUUUUAAUUAAUUCUUUUUUUCCUUUAAAUGCUCACCUCACAACUUUGCUUUCUUUGCACUGAGCUUACUUGAUAUGUUAAUGAUAAAUGAAUCUCAUUAUAUAUCUGCCCUACCUCUCAUAUUAUUCUGUUGCUUGAGGUACAUUACAGAUCGUAAAUAAAAACAUACUGGUGCACACAGACAUGGAUGUAACUCUUUAAUUAUAAUAGUGCUAAUUAAUUACCUUAUAUUAUUGAAACUUUGCGUGAUAACAUGCCAGUGGUGUACCACAGUUCCCAGGUAGAACUACUGGAAUGGAAAGGACUUAUUUUAUCCAUAACCUGUUCAGGAUGACACCCAAAAUGUCCACAUUUAAGGUCUGUUUUCAAGAUUAAAUGUUUGAAACAGUUUGUGGCAUUUCAGGAAGAUCUUUAUUAACUCAAGCAUUUCUUUCAUUCCCUCGCCACCUUGAGUCAUCAAGUAUAUAGUUUACUGUAUGUUCUCUAAGUAUCUCUACAACAAGCAUAGUUCAGUAAUCUCAGUGGUGUUUGCAUAGUGAGGGUGCACAGUACUUUGGAGUGGAUUUUUGAAUGCUCAUUUAAUUUGUCAAUAAUGCUUAAUACUCUUACACCCAAUUGUUUUAAUUUAAAACAAUACUAUCCUCACAUAUACAUGUAUUUUAACUGAUUUAUGUCAUAUUAUUUGUUACUGGUAGUUAUUUUAGUGGGACUGUUUAUUGUGUUACAUAACCUAUUGUAGACUAAGUCUUACUGAAUGGCUCAACAGCCAGUAGCCAAAACUACAGACCUCAGGCUAUACAUAUCAUAUUUGAUCUGUACUAUAUCUAUGCUUAUACAGUUUCCAGUAUCAGUUACUUGUUCAUACUUAUAUUUAACAUUGACUUGAGUGUUCAGAUUAUAUUUUAAAACAUUUGGAAUCUACAAAGUUUUGGCUGUUAAUUUAGUAUGUUGACCAAGUAAAGUCAGACCAGCUUUGUCUUAGAAAAAUUAGAACAUUCAGGAAUAUUUGUAGAAGUUAGUGUAGUGAUUUAUACAUUUCAAUGUCUAAAAUGGAGUAGGGAAUGGUUUUACAAUGACAUAAAUUUUUACAGUUUUUUUUGCUGAUAAUUUCAGAUGGGAUUUUUAGUCACUUCUUGUUGAACAUGUUGAAGAUCAGGGUACAAAUGCCAUCUAUGUCAUUUCGUUUCACAGUCUUGAGUCUGAUUUAAUGAAGUCCUUUCUGAAAAAUCAGUUUUUAUACGCAAACAUGGAUAUUAAGGGAGGUAUUUUCUCAUGCUAUUAUUUUUACAUAAUGUUACAGCUUUUAUUUAAAGCACCGGUUGCUUCAGUAUUGCAUAUUUAGCCAUUGUUGAUGUAUAAUAUUUACUCCAGGGUUGGAGAUUGUAAAACCGAGAUUCAGGACCAGUCUGAAAAUGCAACACUGCUAUUGGUCAAUUUCGAAAGUGUUCAGACAAACAACCAAUCAGAUGCUGAAGUUUGGAGACUGGUCACCAAAAUUUAGUUCUUUGACCCCUAAGACUGUAUCUUCACAAAAUGCAGCUUUUAUACACAAAUAUAGCAGCUUGACUGUGUAUUUCAGCUAAACAUCCUGACAUUGUUAUCAUUUUGGCAGCCGCAUUUAUUUCUUCUCAUUUGUUAACUUGAGGUCCAAUAUUUGAAAACCAGUCACAGAACAACCAGAUCAGAUUGGUUGUUUCUGAGCUAGACAUUAAAGUUGGCCAAUAGCAAGGCUGCAUUUUUAGUCUGGUUUCAAGUUUAGGAAUCUUAAUAAGAGCUACAUUUUGCUUUUGAACAAGUUACUCUGAGACUGAGGUAACUUUUAGCAAUACUUUUACAGCAUGUGAUUAAAAAGUUGUUAAACAGUUUUCAAUUCUCUGCUUUUUUUUUUCAUAAUACAGCUCAUAGUAUGUUUUUAAAGUUCAAAAUUUCUGAUUUUUGAUUUUGUUUAUUAAUUCAACAUAGAAAGUAGCACAUUGUGGACAGGUACAUCUGUAAUUAGUUGAUGGAGAUAUAUUAUUAUGUGUUAUAGAGGUGUGAAAUCAUUACAUUAUUUCUGGUUUGUUAAGUAUCUUUAUUAUAUAUCAAUUAACAUUU